AUCGCCGUCGUGUUCGUCAUCAUCUUCUACGUCGUCCCAGCCGCCCACGAGAUCGCCGAGGACGCGCCCACCGCCGCCGCCGCCGCGCCCACCGAGAGGACCAUCGUGUCCGUCUCCAGCACGGGCCCCGGAGCCAAGGUCGAGGUCAAGUCUUCCGAGUCGGAGGUCAGCGCCGCGCCCUCGUCCAGUCUGCCGCCGCUGCUGGACGUCCUGGGCCCUCACGCCACGCCCGCCGCGCCACCGCAGGCAGGCAGCUGCCGCCCGCAGCCUGGAGAUGUGCGGCGACCUCCCUACGCCCUCACCGCCCUCCCCAACUGGGCCAACGACAGGACGGACCACGAGCUGCACAACGCGUCCCUGCCGUUCUUUAGGGACGUCAUCGUGAGGUCCAGCUGCUCUCCUCGCGCCCGUGAAUACUCCUGCGCCAUCCUGGAGCCUCCCUGCGGUGCCAGCGGUGCCAUCCUGCCUCCUUGCCGGACCUUCUGUCGAUCUGUGGCUUCAACGUGCCAAGAAUUCGUGAUCAAAGGCUUCGGUUUAAGCGACGUCUUCAACUGCGAUAAAUUCCCCGACUCGACCGACCCCGCAGUGUGCUUCGACGCCACUCAAGCUCCUGUCGGCGACGCAGCAACAGCAGCAUCAGGCAACACCUUCCAGCAGCUCCCCACCCCAAGCGAACUGCCGGACGCUCGAACCGGCGGCCGGGAAUUGCCCCUCGAGGAUUACUCGACCCUCGACCGCCCCGAAGCCGCGCUAGAAGGACAGGCCCCCCCGGCAGAUGACUACCCUGUCUAUGACGAUUACUCUGUCACUGAGGACUACCCCGAAGGUCCUCAGGAUUACGUGACUGACUCCUUUGAUUACACGGAGGUCGUUGACAGUUCCGUGGCGACUCUCCCGCCCGUGGACGAGCUCGAGGGCCCUGUCGACGCUGCGAACGAGUCUCUGGCCGGCGCUGAAGACCCGUUCCAGCGCGACUUGGUCGACUUUAGCACGGAGUUUGCCCCCGUGGAAGCCUUCAUGCCGACGGAAGAGCCAGUCGCGUCAGAGGCCCAGGACUUUGUUGCCGAGGGAGACUUUCUGUCCACCGACGGUCCGGUUCUGAUCUGUGACCAUGAGAAGUUCCUGUGUCAGAACGGCUUUGACUGCGUGGACUUGGCGGCUGUAUGCGAUGGCCUUCCGCACUGUAGUGAUGGAUCUGAUGAGGCCAAUUGUACCAGCAUCGGACUCUCCUCGUCAACACCCUCUGCCUCAGCGACCCCAGAGGAACCCCGGACUUCCUUCCCUGGCGAAGACUUGGCAACUACUUUCCCCGAGGACGUGACGGAGGACGCCGUGACCGAAGGGGCAGUGGAGGAGACGACCUUCUUCACAGCGGCACCUGAAACCUGUCCCGAACUGGUGUGCUUGGACGGAACCUGCCUCGCCAUUUCCCAGCUGAAUGAUGGUGUCAAUGACUGUCCGGAUGGCACAGACGAGCAGAACUUUUCUGAGCUGAUUUCUUAAGGCGUAGGAGGGAAGUCUGUGUGCAUACCUUAUAAAUGUUUGUAUUCCAACAGUAAUUUCAGUUGCAGCUUCCAUUCAUAGAAAUACGAAAGGUAUAUAUGUUAUUUAAUUUGCAGCAGCUUCAAUGAAUUGUUGAUAAAUAUUUUACUUUUCCUAAUGUCGAGAAAAAAAAAUCAUUUUCUAUGGAAAUGUCAACUAUUUGGUACUUUUCUCUUAAUUGUUAAUACCGAUAUUCUGAGACCGCCAAAUUAUUCAAUAUUCCAGUCUGUCUGGUUGUUGCCACAGUCGUUGUGAAGCCAGUCCGUCCGUACCGGUCAUUAGUCAGUAAUUUUCUGUAUAUGUGAAUCUCCCUUUCAUUUUAACCUAUUUCAACACCCCAUUUUUUUAUUUUAAUCUAGAAUUAUUCUUUUGUAUAUAGUGUAAUUACUAAUUUUCUACUUGAUUUCUGGCAUUCUUCGAAGUAUGUUCUUAACAACCACAAGGUUUGUUACUUUCCAUUUAUUCCGUCCAAUUUAUUUUUAUGACCAGUUGAGCCAAUGGCAAGGGUCUUAUGAGGAGAGUUGUGAAAAAAAAACUUUUUUUAGGCUGUUCAGUACCUUUAAAAUAUUUAUUGCAUUUCUUAUUUAUAGUUUAUUUACAUCUCUAUGUUCUAUUGCAUUGAUUAUAGAUUCUGAAAGUAAGACUAUGUCCUUUUCACAAUGUCAAAAAAAUUAUUAUAAACUUAGAGAGAUCUGAGAUAAGAAUUCACAUCUCUGUACCUUCAGAGGGUCAUGCAUUGUGUAGCCUCUCUCUCAAGCAGCUUUCUAUAUACCUGGAAGUCCCUUGCUCAUGAGUUAAUGCACUGUCAGCUCUAUAAUGUGUUUGUGAAAAUGAAAAUUAUUGUCAGUGACUGUUGUGUGUGUGUGUGUCUGAAGAAUGUGCGUGAACUGAAUGUUUCAUUAGUGUUGUAUUUUAUUACCAAUUUUCCACAAAGUGAAUGUAGAUAUUUUGACAUGUUUAAUAGUCUCAAUCUUCCAUGCAAUCUGAAAGGUAGCUAUAUAUAUGAAUAUAUGUAUGGAUGUUUCUUUUAUUAAAUAAAAUGUUCCAUGAUCAAA